AUGGCGGCGGAGGAGGGGAAAUUGUUCGUGGGGGGCCUCAACUACGACACGGACGAGCAGGGCCUGGAGCAGCAUUUCAGCUCCUUCGGGCCCAUCUCCGAGGUGGUGGUGGUGAAGGACAGGGAGACCCAAAGGUCUCGAGGUUUUGGUUUCGUCACCUUCGCCAACCCCGAGCACGCCAGCGACGCCAUGCAGGCCAUGAACGGAGAGUUCGGAUUUUUUGGGCUGGGAGGCUUUGGAGUCCCAGAUGGAAUUUGGGGAGGAGGCGACCGUGCCUAUGGGGGGCGCUACGAGGGGCGCAGUGGGGGCGGCUACGGGGGGGCCCGGGACUACGGAGGCCGGUGA